AUGUGGAGUCGUGGUUAUCCUGUGGAAAUAGAGAGGAAUUCUACCGAAGCAAUAAUGUAUGUGAAUCCGUCGCCACGGCAUAAACCUCGGCCGGCGACAUCGCGGAAAAUGAACUAUGAAACGGAUACAGUGGAACAAGUGUGUGCGCGUUGUUAUAAGAAAUUCAAAAUGACGCUUGACGGGGACUUUCUUCAAGAAGAGUGCUUCCAUCACUGGGGUCGAGUGUCGGGAAAGAAAUUUGAAUGUUGUAAUAAACAUGUGGGGGCGAUUGGCUGCACUGUAUCACGUUGUCACGUAUGGAGUGGCACACGACCCGGGAUUAACGGGCCUCUCAAGGGAUACGUGCGUGCACGUCAUCGCCGUGGUGGAAUCUAUGCAGUGGAUGCAGAGAUGUGUUACACGGCGGCCGGCUUCGAAUUGGCCUCGAUAGCCUUUAUUGCAGUCGACGGCCGCAUUGUUUACCAACAGUAUGUGAAGCCGACCUCGCCUGUCGUGGAUUAUAACACACGUUUCUCCGGCAUUCGACCUCGCGACCUACAGACAGCUAAGAAGACACUUAGAGACGUACAGAAUGACAUACUUGGAUUUGUCGGCACAGACACGAUUUUGAUUGGUCACGCGUUAGAGAACGAUCUCAGGGCGCUAAAGUUACUUCACAACGCUGUGGUGGACACGAGCGAUUUGUAUCCGCACGCAAAAGGAUUUCCUUUGCGUCGGUCUCUGCGUUCUUUAUCAGAGGAAAUGCUCGGACGUCCAGUUAAGGAUCGAAGAAGUGGAGGCCACUCGCCCGUGGAGGACGCUCGUACCGCUUUAGAAUUAGUGCUUCUGAUGGUGUACCGAGACCGAGAAACUGCCACACAAUUAGGAUCGCACGCUUCCACUCUGCUCAGACAGAGGACGUUUGUGCCGCUUAUUUUUUAUCCUAGUUAUAAGUCCAAGAUUUUUCAUUUGAUGAAAUUCAGUUGACAUUAUUUGUUAUUGUUAGAUUAAAUUUUUUUUACAUAAAACUGUAUUAUCAUUUACUCUUCCACCCGCCAUGAAGUAAUAUAGAUUAUGUGCUGAAUUGCUGAAAGCUCCCAAAGUUGCGUACGUUAGAUGUCGCUGAACUAGUGCACAUAGCCAAUAGGUAAAAUACAUACACUGUGGCCGCCGAGAGAAUGCGUUCUGUCUGACGUCUACUGUCAAAUACUCACGACUUUCCUCCAUUGGCGGCCAUAUUGUUUGCCAAUGAAUAAAAUAAAAUAA